UUACCUACAGUGUAAUAGCAAUUCGUGUUUCCGUGUCUGAACACAGACUAAACAAGGAUAAUCGUAACAGUAUAUCGAUAUUUGACAAACAUUUCGUAAAUCGUGGCAAUCUUUUAAAUUUCCUAAUCAGCUGUUCUGUUGUGAUUUUUUCUCCCCCCGAUUUUUAUCCGACGUUAUGUAUACCGCGCGCGGAUUUUCAUUUUAAUAAAUUGUAUGUUCUUUGUUACAAAAUGUUAAUACAUUGUACCUGUUUUAGAGGCACGCUUACGCGGUUAACCAGUCGAAGUAUUUUGCAGCAUACACUGGUUGGCAUACUAAGGACCGUUCCAAGCUACAGAGGCUUCUCCACAGUUCACGCUUAUCGCUCGAAAUCAAAACAAACCUUUGGGCAACUACUUACGAACUUUGCAACAGUCCGUGGUAAUCGAGAUAUACGGAUAGCGCGAUAUCGGAGUGAUUUCAGAAAUGCCGCUCCGAAAACUGAAAAAACGACCAAAGUAAAGCUUCAUAGAAAGGAUGUGGUACGGCUUAUUGGAUUGGCGAAGACAGAAAAAAUGGUGCUUGCUGGUGCUAUGGGUUGUCUAAUAAUCUCUUCAGCCAUUACAAUGAGUGUACCUUUUGCGCUAGGCAAGAUAUUGGACAUAAUAUUCGAUAAGAAAGAAACGAAUGCGGAUACCAUGAAGAAAUUGAAGGAUUUUUCCUUAGUACUUUUUGGGAUCUUUGUUAUUGGUGGCUUGACAAAUUAUCUGCGAGUUUACUUAUUUAAUAGUGCUUGUAAGUGUGCCAACUUAUUUUAAUUAUCAGGCCGAUUCUGAACGGAAACUCCCAGAGUUUUCUCUCUUUUCCCUUUCCUCCUAUAAUGAAUUAAAAAUUCCCUGAGGAUUUUUUAUAUUAAAUGGCGGAGUUCAGCUGUCAAAAACGUGUCUUAACAGCUUUUUCGAAGAACAUAUAAUGUAUACACAUAUUAUAUAUAGUACAGCCCAAUUCUUAAUAUUCCCGGGGAGUUUGUUCUCCGGGAAUUUGUUUCACCCGAGUAAGAAAUCCUCCAAUAAAUAACUCUCAGUGAGUAGCAUUUUCCCGAAAAUUUGGGAGGAGGAAAUUCGAACUUCGAAAGAGCUGCUUGGCACUUUUUUACAGAACAACUCCGUCAUUU